AAAAAGAUAGUAGCCUCAUAUCUAAAGAAGAAAAGAUAAAAGAACUGAUUUCAGACCUUUUCAAUUAUUAUUACAAAAAAGAGGCUCAAAUCAGAAUUAAAUAUAAUGUAAGUGAAUUAGAAAAAGAUCAAAGGAGUAAGCUAUCUAGGUUGUUAGAUAGUAAUACUAACCUUUGUGCUCAAGACCUCAAUGAGUUAAGAAGAACAAGUAUCGUCUAG